AUGCAACUCAGGAAAAGUUCCUGGGUGAGGCCUUUUCUGCGCGUCGAGCUGCUGCAGCAGCAAAUGCAGCAAACGCUCUCAGGCCAGCUGGCUGGAGCUGUCAUUGGGGGCGCAGCACAGUCGCUGCUGAGUGCACAGGCUGCUGCCGCAACGCGCAGCACCUACGGCGAAAUGGAAUCCGACCUCGCCCUCCCUCUGGCCCAAAACACUGCAGAGCUGAAGGCAGAAAGGCUUCGACUAAUGCAGGAGUUGUCGCUGUUGACGGCGAAGACGCGGCAGCUGUUCGACAGUUUGCACCCGGACCUCGCAAACGCGCCCCUCCUCAUCGUCGCCAAGACAGAAGACGAUGACAAGCGCAAUGAAACCAACAAACUCGACGCAAAAGGCAAAAAAUUUGAACUUGAAUUCGCAGCGCACGCCCACACGCCGCCCCAGGAAAGCAGGACGCCAUGGCCGGGAUCAUGA